UUGAUAUUACAGUAGUAUUACUAUUACAUAGAAGUAUAGUAUUUAAUGAUUAUAUGGAUAUAUGUUGUCAUAAAUUGAGUAUUUAUUUCAAACAUCAAAAGUAAAUCACAAUAUAUAGAGAAAACAAUUAUUAAUUGUAUUAUAAUUGUAAUCAAUUAGUUAUAACACUCAAUGGUGUGAUUGUCAAACAUAUUGUGUGACCAAUUGGAUCAAAUGAGUGACCAGUAAUGGGCAGAAAUAACAAAUUAUUUCUAUUGAUGCCAAAUCAUAGACGCAAUGCAUCCAAACUGUCGGCACCCAAACCAACCAUCGAUGACAGGUCUGAUGCCAUCAAUCCAUUGAUGUCACCGAAACACAUAAACUUACCGAAGUUGUCGCCCGAAAAUGAGUUGCUUUUUGAGGCGCAGACAGUGGUUGUGUUCAUCAUUUCGAUGGCCACUCAAUAUCUGAAUCUUUACCGAACUGUCUGGUGGUUACCACAGUCUCACACAAACAUUGCUAUGAAUUUUCAUUUAAUUGACACAAAUGUCGUUCAAUUCUGUCUUUUAUUUAUCGGCCGUCCGUUUGUUCUGCAUUUGGCUCAUGUGAUAACAUCAUUACUUCCAUCGUUUGUUCAAAGAUUUUAUUUAUACAGUUCUUCGUUAAUAAUUCUUGUGCUUUGUAUUUGUGGUCACAUAAUGUGUUCAAUAAAUAUCUACUCGAAGGCCGGUAUAACUGGCAUAUUGUGUAUAUCAUAUCCAAUAGUUAUCUAUAUAUUGAUGUAUUGUCCAAACGUUAUCCGGGCCUAUGAGUCAUCCAAAACAAAUGGCAUAUCAUUUAAUUGGUUUGCCGGCAUUCAGUCACUUAUAUUGCCGACAAAAUUUUCGAGUCAACAACCGACACAUACCUGUACGACAAAUGCUGAACUGAUCCGCGAGGAAGUGGAUCGCUUGAAGACAUCAUUUAACGAAAGAUUAAAGUUUAUAUUAUUCCGAUCUCUACUUAUUGCAUAUUAUUCCUCAUUUGUGAAUCUAUGUUUUGCACCGAAUCAACUAUAUUAUGACAUGAGUUGGACCGCACAACAUGUAGUCAUCUCGUGGAUGACAUCUUUUCUUAUGCUUACCUCUCACUUAUAUUCUCCACAAUUCUACGACAUUCUUCAUAAAUCAUCCCUACAUUUAGGAAAAUGGAUAAAAUUAGAGACAAGGAAUGCAUUAGUUCCGUGUAAUUCGUGGUCCGAUCAACUUCUUUAUGGACAGGGAGUUGUUGUCAAGUAUUCUAAAGAAUAUUUCAAGUCUGAGGGCAGUAUCAAUAGUGCCGAACCGGGAAAUCAGUCACAUCUACGUUAUUAUAUUGUCUUCUCUAAUCCUAUCGGAGGCUUCGGUACAUUAUUAGGUUUUCUAGUAGUUCUCAUAUUUGUUCAAAUGGUACUAUUGAUUCGGGCACUCGAGUGGUAUAAAUUAAUAUCAAUGUCACUCAUGAUAUUAAUCAACUCAUUGACUAUCUUUCGUUUGGUCCGUUCGUUUGUAAUUCUUAAGAAAGUCUAUGAAGUGGAGACUAAACUUCAACAAACUAAACAUAAUUGUAACUAAUUUUAUAUCUAAUUG